CCCAAGUUGGGUCCAUCUCAGAACGGAGUCGCUGCGACGCCAUGGCAAAGUCAGUGGCAGCUUAUCACUGUGUGCAGGCAACGGGGUAUCUGAGUGCCAUGAACAUGGCGGAACAGAAUGGCACGCAAUGCUCUGUAGGGGAAGCCUUCUUUGGUGAACUAUCCACCCUCGAAACGGGCAGCUUCAUUUUGAACACCAGCAAUGGUCUCUAUUUGCCAGCGAGCGCUUGCCAGGAGCUCACCUGGAUCUGCGUAGCGCCAAGUGGUGUGGCUUGUCGCCACUCCGCGAAUGUGGCCGACAAAAGUGAGUCCAUGGUCCAGCACGGCAAUCGCAUCUCAGCCAUCAUGGCCCCGGGCGUCGCUGGGUGGUUGCAGGAAGCCGCCACGAAGAUGUACGUGCCCAUGAAUCAUCCAGCCACCGGUGAUCCUCUCUUCACCAAAGUUGAUGCCAACAAUCCGCAGGUUGCCCCUGUGCAGGCUGUGCUCAUGGGGGCACCGCAGCAGGUGCAAGCGGGAGCAGGAUUCCAGAUCCAGGCGCCUCCCAACGUUCCUCCCGGCAGCAUGUUGAUCAAGGAGCAGUACAAAGGUAAUCAGACCAUGAUCCUGGGCGUCGUUGGCUGUCUCCUCUGUGGUCCCUGUGGCCUGAUCGUCUGCUGUCUCGACCUGGAAGUUCGACAUGUUCGGUCAGCCAAUCAUCGAGUAAGGUUGGAUCUCUGGCGCCGCAGCUGGAGCCGGAGGGGAGACUACAGGUGAGUUUUUGGGCGGCUUCUCAGCAGAUCUCCGUCGAUGACGGUUUGCACACCAACGCAUGCACCACUGACUGAGGGCUCGGGCCGGCAGUUCGCAGAGUUUUUGGACUCAGCACAUAGAUCAAACAUGGAGAGCUCACCAUAAAAAA